AUGGCCCAUGCGACCGAAGAACUCCCUUCCCAUGCCUCUCCCAUGAUCUCUCCGGUCCCGCGACCUUCGGCAGGUUAUCUGAGUAACUGGUCAGAUCUCCAUGACGAUGGACCUGGGACUCCGGGGCUUCCAAACAACCUGAUAUCGCCUGCGUUUACUCCACCCGCAACACCAGGAGCUUCUACGCCGUCUCGUCACCUCCAUGCCGAACCAAAAUCGACCCCGGUCGAUACGUCGCUUGACGAGCCUUCUACAAAGCAGCCGCGGUUGGUAGAGAAGCUACCGAACGUGGAAUGCUUGGUGCGAGCUAGAAUACCCACCACUUCUGGCGCAGAAAUGUUUUUACACUUGUAUCAGAACGAUUCAGAUAACAAAGAGCAUCUCGCAAUCGUGUUUGGCAAUAACAUCCGUAGUCGCACUUUAGACGCCGAACGACCUGGAGAGACAGAGAUGGAUCGCAUGAUCCGAGGAGCCUACGUUGGGAGACUUCGGCCAGGACGCACAAGUUCGAGGAUAGACGCAGAGCCGACAAAGCGACCACUCGGGAAACGUACAAGAAGUGGCUCUGCACUGAAAAACGUCACAACCGUCGCUGAAGAAGCAGUUUUAGAAGCGGAGGCCACUGCUUCGGUGCAGCCACCUGCAAGCACACAGGACGAACAGAACCUGGAACAGCCUCAGAGGGGCGAAACCGGUCUCGAGCCUGUACUAGAAUCUCUAGAGUUGAAGGCUCCAGGAAAAGCCCCUCUGGUUCGCAUACACUCGGAGUGCUAUACCGGUGAGACCGCAUGGUCUGCUCGCUGCGAUUGUGGAGAGCAGCUUGACGAAGCGGCGCGGUUGAUGUCGCUGCCGAAUUCUCCAGGAGGUGUCAUUGUGUAUCUGCGACAGGAAGGACGAGGAAUUGGCUUGGCCUCAAAAUUAAAGGCAUACAAUCUGCAAGAUUUGGGGAAUGACACGGUCGAAGCCAAUCUUUUACUUCGACACCCUGCCGACGCGAGGACAUAUGGCUUGGCGACUGCCAUUCUUCAGGAUCUUGGACUCGGAACCGACAGCGACGCACAGAAGCCCGCUGAGGAACGAGGUAUCAGACUCCUGACGAACAACCCCGACAAAGUCAGAGCGGUCGAAGGACCUAACAAGGAAGUUCGUGUUCGGGAAAGAGUCGCCAUGAUACCUAUCGCAUGGCGAACGUCAGGGGCAAAGGGAAUUCGAGGAGCAGAGAUUGAAAAGUAUCUUGAGACCAAGAUUGGUCGUAUGGGACACAUGAUUCGCGAGUAG